UUUUUAGUAGCGCGCAACCAGUACCCCGACAGAACACUAAACGAACUUCAUACUCGCAACAACCCCAAAAAAAUCCCAUAAAGGCUUCUGUUUUGGUUCAUAAUCCUCCAAAUGUUCCUCUCGUUUCGAUUAGAGGCGGAGUCCGUUGGCUUUGGAUGACUGGAGUGGCUGAAGGUCGCCAGUAGAAUUACCCCGUCCUGAAUUUCACUAAGAGGGGAUCCACCUGCAAAGAAAUAAGUGGAGAACUUAGUAGAAACUCGAAUGUGUCCCCCGCAUUGCUUUUGAUGAAGUGAACAGAGACCACUUGGAAUGGAUUACUAGUGUUUCGCUCCUCGCAUGCCUGCUCCUCCUGGCCCGCAGCUUGAGACGCAGGACGGUGAGUCAUUGGAAGUGAGAGAAAAGGACACCACAAGGCAAGAAAGCAGAAGAAACUGGCGAAAAAUCGGAUGAUUUCUGCAUCCCAUAAAAUGGAUGCAGAAAAAUCAGCGAAGGAAGGGAAGAUGGUCCAUCGGGGGAUCUACCUCACCUGUGUGCUGACGCCCUGCCGCGCCCUGGGGGUGUGUGUGACGCUGAUGACCCUGGUGGCUAUGGGAGCCGCCGUCUGGGCCGUAGUCACGUACUGCACCAUGGAAGAAGACACAGGACUUUAUGAAGUUCAGGUCAACUCUGCCGACCAGCAUCUCCAGGUCUUUGACUCCGCCCAGAAAAGAUGGCGGCAGGUAUGCUCCUCCUCGGCCAAUGAGCUUCUGGCUAGCAUAAGCUGCGAGGAAGUUGGCUUCGUCAGGGUCGUGAACUACUCUGUCGCGUCGGUCCCAGAAGGGAGCAGCGAUCCUGGCGACUUUUUCUGUGUCAAACCGGAAGAGUUGAGCUACGGAAAGAAGAUCAGAGACUCCUUGUUCCCAUGUGACUGCGAGAGCAGGGAGGUUCUGACACUCUUGUGCCAAGACUGCGGCCGGCGCAGUCUGACGGAGGACCGCAUCGUGGGGGGUCUUGACUCGCGGCAGGGCAGCUGGCCCUGGCAGGUCAGCCUGCGGUACGACGGGGUGCACCAGUGUGGCGGGUCCCUCAUCUCAGACCGCUGGAUCGUGUCUGCGGCGCACUGCAUCCGUGAACGGUUCCGCUCGGUGUCCCGCUGGCGCGUGCUGCUGGGCUCCGUCUACAACAACCCCGCCAACGCCACCGUGGUGGAGGUGAAGACCAUCGUCUACCACAGCAGCUACCUGCCCUUCGUGGACGCCAACAUCGACGACAACAGCCGAGACCUCGCCGUGCUCGCCCUCUCCCAGCCCAUUGCCUUCUCAGAAUAUAUUCAGCCCCUCUGUCUUCCCACCUACGGCCAGAGACUGAUUGACGGACAGAUGGGGACAGUAACAGGUUGGGGAAACGUCGGUUAUAACGGUCAUCAAGCCAAUGUCCUGCAGGAGGCCAACGUGCCCAUCAUCAGUGACACGACCUGCAACGCCCCCGACUACUACGACAACCAGAUCACCACCAGUAUGUUCUGCGCUGGCUUCGAGAAGGGUGGCACAGACUCCUGCCAGGGGGACAGCGGGGGGCCUUUCGUGGCCCCAGACUGCCAUUCGAAGACCAGCCGCUACCGCCUGCUGGGGGUGGUGAGCUGGGGGACCGGCUGUGCCACGGCCAAGAAGCCCGGCGUGUACACACGGGUGUCCCGCUUCCUGCCCUGGAUCUCCACCGCUCUGAGGAAUUACCACAACUCACCAGGCGUUCACAAGAUGUCUCGCACAUGAGGAGAACGGACCCUUGCAUCUCGUUCUGCUGAUCUGGGAGGAGGAAGAGCGUGAGUGACCUCGUACUGUAGCUGAUUGGAUGAAACUCAUGCUUUUCUAAGCAUGAGUUCUUGCGUCACCCUCACAGAUUUUCACGGCAUUCACAGCAUUUAGAUGUAUCUGUGAAAAAUAAAGAAUAAAUAUGGCUGUUCGCGCUAAUUUUGUGAACUGUUAGAAGUCAACCGGUUACAAACCCUUUCAUGAUGUAUAUAGAUAACCCAACCCAGUUUGCUUUUAUUUACCAUUUUAAAUGCCAUGGUCAAAUAAUGAACACACUCAAUGGCAUCUUGAUUCGCUUUCCAAAUCCCGUUUUGAAAGCGGUUGUGAGAUCCUGAUGCAAAGAGAGAUGUUUUCUCCGUCUAAACAGGCGUGAACCGUUGUAUGCGGGAUGUAUGAAUGUAACACACAAUCAAUCUAGGGUGACUUGAGAAGAGUUUUUUGUGUAGACAGCCUUCCUCACGGUAGCGUUGUCAAGUCACACUGUCAAAAGCAAUGUAAGCUGGAACCCCCUGGUCGCACUGUGACCACCGCCCACGUUCAGGGAGAUUGUGCAGACCAUGGGUGUGGUGCAGAUAGAAAGCUGUGUGUGUGUGUGUGUGUGUGUGUGUGUGUGUGUGUGUGUGUGUGUGUGUGUGUGUGUGUGCUGUGUGUGUGUGUGUGUGUGUGUG